UCGAGGAACGCCAGCGAACCAUCAUCGGUAGACUUACUGUACAAGGUGGCUCAGAUGAUGACGGCGAUAUCGCUGUACCGCUGCCCCGGUCGUCGGAUGUGUCAAGCUCACAUGGCACUACAAAACCGGACCCGAGAAACCAAAUCGCGCCAAGGACUCUGAUCAGUCCUUCACAACACUGCACUACGCCAGUAGCAGCAAGGAAACAGAAGACAUGUCGAACAUGGAUACAACACAGCAUGAACGAGAGCCAGCGCCGUCUUAUCGCCAAUCAUUCGACACUCUGGCGCACAUCCCCGCAGACCCAAACUCGUCGGAAUUUAGGGCCAGCCGGAUUGACAAUUUCUGGAUCAAGGUCUUCCCACCCACGCCAAAAUGCUACAUUUGUCAAGACAAACCAGAAGCCGCGAAUCUACUGUCGAGGCCGGGAUGCGAUCACAAGAUUUGUGGUAAAUGCCUGAUCAAGAUAUUUGAGCGAGCCGUCAACGACAAGAAAUGCAUGCCGCCGAGCUUCUGCUCUCAUGGUGAGGUGUCGCCCGACAUGGCGCCGGGCUUGUUCGACGACGUGUUCUUGGCGCAAUGGAACGAGAAGUACUUUGAGUAUUUGGAACAGACUGUGUCGACAUGACAGCCCAUUUGGCGCUUCCACGAUGGACAAUCUGGACAGACCGAAAAGAUGAAGAUUUUCGAAAACUAGCAGGGUGGGCGACCCGAUCGGGAUUCUUGAAGGGAUCAGCACGUUGGCUAUAAAUCAGCGAAUAAACAGAUGUGUCCGACACCGGCGAAAUUACCGUCCUUGACCGAGCUAUGGUCGGUAAAUCACUCCAUCCUUGGCAAUACCUUCCAGAAUAAAGCGCGGGAUACACUGAAACAUGGACACAGAUGUUAACAGCAUCUAACUCUAAGGACCCCUGGUUCAGGACCUCCGAAUAGAGCGUCAGCCUCCAAGCACCAACGAUUACCUCCAACGUGGAUACAAUGUCAACGCCAUCACCGACAAAAUGUACGCAGUAAUAGAAACAUAUGGCUCAGGUCGUUCCGUUGCUUUUAGGGAUACAAGCCUCAAGCUCCAACUGUCCCUCUUUGUUUCUUCACAACCCAAGUUCGUUAUUAUAAUUUCCCGUCCAAGCUCUUCCUCGUUCUAUGCAGGGCCAAGUUUUGACGUCUAUCACCUCCCCCCCUUGUUCCAUCAAUAGUUCCUGUCUGGUCGGAGGCCGGGUCAUCGCUAGGCCCUUUCAGCGCAGUGCAUCUAGUUGUGCAAUGCUCCGCGCACGUGUCCCUCGCAAACAUCGAUCGAGUCUUCCAAGAGCUAGUGUUUGAGCGGUUCUGUAGCGAAAACACGUUCAUCUUUCACCUACCACAUUGCCAAUCCUGUUCAAUUGAACCAAUUUGGAGGACUUCAGUCGCUAACAAUCUCAGUUACUCAUCCUGUGAAGGAAACGCCGUGGAAGAUGAGGAUUUGGGCAAUCUGGGAGAGGUAGGGAUUGUGGAUGGCGACGGAACUGUUUCAGAGGAAUCUGGAAGGCAUGGGAAGUAUGGGAGUAUGGCACCUGGGCAGGGGCUUGGGGUGGUCAUGGGACUGGGAGAUACUGACCCGAAGACGACUUGGCAGGAAUGGGCAUCCCAGUCGUCAUCUGCGGGAUAGAGCAGGAAGUAGUCAAUGGCAGAGGUACCCUUGUUGAAGGGAGGG